AUGGUUUCUAAAUCGAGGUUUACGAAGCUGGAUGCCUUCACAAAGACGGUCGAGGAUGCGCGGAUACGGACUACUUCUGGAGGAAUUGUCACCAUUGCCUCUUUAUUGGUAGUGCUAUGGCUUGCCUGGGGAGAAUGGGCCGACUAUAGAAGGAUCGUCAUCCACCCCGAGCUCAUCGUCGAUAAGGGGCGAGGCGAGCGGAUGGAGAUCCACAUGAACAUCACCUUCCCUAAAAUACCCUGCGAACUCCUGACCCUGGAUGUGAUGGAUGUCUCGGGUGAGCAGCAACAUGGCGUCAUGCACGGAGUGAACAAGGUCAGACUUCAGUCUGCCGCCCAGGGCGGCGGAGUCAUCGACAUCAAGGCAUUGGCUCUCCACUCCCAAGACCAAAGCGCCGAACAUCUUGACCCGGAAUACUGUGGCCAAUGCUAUGGCGCAGCCGCUCCUAGCAACGCUAUCAAGCCCGGUUGCUGUAAUAACUGCGACGAGGUCAGAGAGGCAUAUGCGCAAGCAUCGUGGGCGUUUGGGAGGGGCGAAGGGGUUGAACAGUGCGAGCGUGAGCACUAUGCUGAGAAACUUGAUGAGCAGAGACAAGAGGGAUGUCGCAUCGAGGGCGGUCUCCGUGUCAACAAAGUCAUUGGAAACUUCCACUUUGCCCCUGGCCGAAGUUUCAGCAAUGGCAACAUGCACGUCCACGACUUGAAGAACUACUGGGACAGCCCCGUCACCCACUCCUUCGAGCAUACCAUUCACCAGAUGCGGUUUGGGCCUCAGCUGCCCGAGGAUAUCGUCGAGAAAACUGUUAAGAACACGCCAUGGACCAACCAUCACCUGAAUCCGCUCGACGACAGCGCUCAGAAAACGGAUGAUCCUAACUAUAACUUCAUGUACUUUGUCAAGAUCGUGCCGACUUCAUACCUGCCCUUGGGAUGGACGCCAAGUACAUCCACCGGAACUCAAGAUGAGAGCGCGUGGCUUGGCAGUCUGGGGCAUGCGUUCGACGGCAGUUUGGAAACACACCAGUACUCAGCAACGAGCCACAAGCGAAGCUUGAUCGGUGGUGAUGAUUCUGCUGAUGGCCACAAGGAGCGCCUGCAUGCGAAGGGUGGUAUCCCCGGAGUUUUCUUCUCAUACGAUAUCUCCCCAAUGAAGGUUAUCAACCGCGAGGAGCGUGCCAAGACGUUUACUGGUUUCCUCACGGGUCUCUGCGCCAUUCUCGGUGGCACGCUCACAGUUGCAGCUGCCGUCGAUCGUGGUGUUUACGAGGGUGCAACGAGGCUGAAGAAAAUGCGGUCAAAGGAUUUGUAG